AGUAAUUUUAUUUGUACUGCACGUACAGAAUGAAAUACAGGAGCAAGGCUGAUCGUCAGAUUCACAUGGAACUGUUGAGCAGCUGUUUGACCAGUGCUAAAUACGCCUGUUGCCCUCAACGUAUCUGUGGUCUUUUGUCAUCCUCUCUUUACAGAGAAUGGCAAUUAAACUGUCAAACCCUCCUGGGAUGGGAAAGGGCCGGAGGAAAAGGAAACAGAAGGAAAACAGACAACUGAUGACAGGAGACAAAUGUGCCAUGGACAUGGGCUGGCCAUUUGUUUCAUCUGUCACAAUGCCAGUACAAUGGGAAUAACUAGCAGUGUCGAUGGCAAAUGACUUGCCUUAGUCCUUAGACUCACGUGCUCAGAAUAGCGGCAGUAGAGAAACUGUGAAGAACUUAAUUAUUUACUACUGAAGCACUGGCCACAAUUCAGGUCAACUCCUUAACUGUCUUCUCAGAACAGCUAAGAAGAGUCAUCCUUUAAUAACUAUGAUCAAGGAACUGACAAACAGUGAAGAGCUCUUUAUUCAGUUCUGUUUCUUGCUUUUCUAAAAAGCAUUUGUGGUUUGGUAGAGGCUAGGAAAGUGGGGGGGGAAAGGAGAGAAUAAAAGGAAUAAAGGGAGAGGGGACUGUUUUUUUCUUCCAGGUACCCUCCAGCCGGUGAAUGGUGAGCGCAUACUGUGACCUUAACUGAACAUUAGGAUACGUAUUUCGAGCACAAUUACUAAUUGAACAGAAUAAUUAUCUUCCCAGCUAGGCAGGUAUUUCUUGUGCCUGCGGUGAGUCUCGUUUAAGGGAAAGGUGUUCCGCGUGGGGAGCGGUCCCUUCCCCGCACAGGAGAUAAGAGAUGCCGUUCCCUUACAUCAUGCAGCUUUACUCAAGCGGGUCCACCACAACUCCUCGUGUACAUGGAGCUGGGAGAAAAAAAUACGAAUUUAAAAACGAAUUUAAAAACGAAUUUAAAAAUCUCCAAGCCCCCGCUAGGACACGGGAGGCCUCGGAGCACCGCUCGUCUCUCCGCCGGCGGAGUCAGGGGCUGACGCCUGGACUACAUCUCCCAGCGUCCUUUGCGAAGACGCGUUGCCGAGACGACGACCACGAGGCCUCCUCGGGGUGCGGGGGCCGGCCGCCCUCCAGCAGCGUGGGCCGCGCUUCUCUCGCGAGAGCCGCGCUUAAACUGUGGCAAACUCUCGCGCGAAGGGCGCGCUGGGCCGUCAUGUCGGCGGCGUGUGGCGGCGGCGGGCUGUUCGCGCUGGAGGUGCUGGUGGAGGCGGUGCGGGUGGCGGCCCCGGGCCCCGCGCUGCGUCCGGCCGUGGCGCUGCGCCUCCUCGGCUUCCCCACCCUUUUGCUACACCCCGCCGCCUCCGCACCCCCGCUCCGUCCCGGCCGGGCCUUUCCCUUCGGCCGCGGCAAGCGCUGCCUCUUCCGCUGGCGCCGCGGCUCGCUUUGCGCCGCGCUCCGCCGCCAGCCGCUCCGCGCCCUGCUGCUGGCGCUGCCCGCCGGGCUCGCUCCGGAGCCCCCCCGCCUCCUCGGCAGCUGCAGCGUCUCGCUGGCCCCCGCCGCCGCCGAGGUGCAGCAGCGGCCCGAGGAGCCUGUCCGCUGGGGCCGCCGCGGCCGCUUCCCGCUCAGGGACGCGGCGGGCCGCACGGUCGGGGAGCUGAUGCUGGGCUUCCGCCUCAGCAGCCUGGAGGCCGGGGAGCAGUCGGGCCCCGCCACGCCACCCCGCGCCUCUCCUGCGCCGGAGGACGAGGAGGAGGAGGCGGAUGAGGAGGAAGAAGAAAAAGAGCAAAGCGAGGAGGACGGCAACGUCAUCUGCCCUCCCGUGCUGUAUUACAGCCGUGAGCCGGCUGAGCCUCGUCUGCCACCAGCAGCAGCCAUGGGGUGCUGGCAGCGUGUUGUGGUACAAAGUCCACAAGAGCAAAGCGAGGUCCAGAGCCCCCCACGCCCCAGUGCUGGGCCCUCCUUGCUACACCCCAGGAGCCCUGAGCAACUCCACGGCACCCUGGCACAGUUGCCGCUGCUCAGUGCCUUGCUGGCAGAGCUGUCUGUGCUCACCCGCUCUGCUACACCUGCUGCUGUCCAUCCGCAUCUGGCCUGGCUCUACCAGGCCCCAGGGGACUGUGGCACGGGUCCACAGCCAUCCAGCCAUUCCCCUGCCCUGAAGCCUGCAGAGGUGCCGGUGAGGCCAAGUGGGAGCAGUGAAGCUACCAGCUCUCAGUUCAAGCAAGGCCAGCAGCGGACUACCUUACCAGGGUCUUCUCAGGCUGGGAAAAGAGCUAAGAAAGCUGCACCCCAGGAAGAGACAAAAUCUGAUAGAAACUGCAAAACUAAGGAAAACGCACCUCCCAGAAGGAAACUGUUGUACGGGCUGACAAAUACACUGAGAUUACGACUGCAGCAAACCAAUCCUGAUAAGCUGAUACAGCUUGAAAGGAGAGAGCAGUACAGAAAAAAGCAAGUAGAGAAGCUGAAGGUGAGAAGCCCACUAUCCAGAAGAAAGCUGCUCAAAAAUGCUGGAGAACAGUGUGUGGUUUCUCACAAGCAGUGUGCCAAGGGAGACAGUUCAAAGCAGAAUGGUCAGGUUGAUGAAACUGUUGAGACUUCAUUACAAAAUAGUGCUCUCAAUGAGUACUUUUCUGGUACAGAUGUUUUUCUUGACCUACAGAAGCAGUCUGCUGAAAGUCUGUCAAAGAACAACAGGUUUGCAAGCAAGGAACAUCCAUGCAAAGCAACAGUAGCCUCCUUACUGGAGAAAACUAUAUUAAAGUCUGCUCACAAAGAAAAGGACUUGAAAGUUCAGCUCCCAGCAGCUUUCACAUCAGAUGCUAAUGUGAAGGGAAGCAAUGAUAAUGAGGAAGUGAUACACUUAAUCCAUCCUAAAAUCAUGGAGCACGAUAAUACCUCUGUUGCAAGUGAUCAGAAACGAAGCCCCAGCAGAACUGCUGAAAAAAGCUCUGAAUUCAUAUACUCAGAUGACUUUGUUGCUAGUACUGACAACAUAGUUUAUUCAGAAGAUUUCACCAGUGCUGAGUGUACAGACAGAGACUUAGAAGCUCUUGACAGCAGUCCUGAACCUCUCUGGCUUGAAAGCCCAAACCGACCUUGGUCAGAUACAGAGGUGGAAUCCAGCAGGUCCAAAGUUUCAAAAGCAAGUGAAAGAGCUGAAAGUAUGUCAGAUUUUCUGCCAGUGCAUUCAUCUUCAUCACCGGUCUCUUUGAAGAGAAACCAUGGCUUGAAAAACAGCAAAGAAUCUGGUGGUGAAUCUGUUGAUUUAUUUAAUGACACCUCUCUCUGGGCAGGAUUAUUAGAUGAAGAGCAGGAAGCCCAUCAGGUUGAUGAGGAAGAGAACGGAGUAGAUGAGCAUAUUAAACAAGCAUCUGUACUGAGAAGUGAACAAGUUAGCUCUGAUACUGAUCUGAAUAUAGGAAAAGGGCAGACCUCUGCAGAAAACAGUCAGUCAGUAACUGAAGUGUGCUCCUACUUACCAUGUAACUUGUCUGGUCUUGAACUUAGUGAUGUGGAAGACGGUAGGUCUGGCAAAGAUGAUGAUGUUUUGGAAGACCUACAUACUCAAUACAAAGAUAUCGGUGAACUUGUAAUAAACAAUCUUCCAGGAUACACAGUGUAAUUGCAAGUUGUCACUGUCUGGAUUAAAAUAUGGUAUUUAAACUAUUUUUAUAGUUUGUUACAUUUAGUUACAAUUCAUACCAUGCAUAUUUAUACAUCGGUGAAUUUACACAUGAGUUUUUCAGGUAAACUACUAGAAUCUCUAAGUGGAUCUUGAUCAUUAUCUAGAGGAUGACUUCAGUGUCAGUAUAGAAUUAUUGAAUCACAGAACCAUAGAAUCACAAGAGCAUCUAGUCCAACCGUCGUCCUAUCAUCAUUUCUACCCACUAAGCUACUAAACCAAAUCUUGUAGAACCUAAACCAUAUCUUGUAGCAGAUAUCCUAACACAAAAAUAAUCUGAUCAGCACAGGAAAUAUGAUUUACUGUCAAAAGCAGAAAUGAAAACAGAAGCAGGGAUUGCAGUACUCAGAACUCACCCAAAGUAAAAAUAAUGUGUUACAGAAACAGCCAAGUACAAAAUGCAUUCCUAGCUGAACAUUAAAUUUUUAUCCCUCGUGAAAAUAGUUCUAUGCUUCAUUACAAAGAGUUACUUAAAACAUACCAUCACACCUAGUAACAGCACAUACUUUUAUCAACUAUUCUGUCUAAUGAGGCAUUUUUUCAUUGUUC